UCAAGUGCUGAGGCCAUGCUUCGCACUACACUCCUUUUCUUGCUUCUGCAGGGCUUCAUCCAGUACCCGCAGCAGGCCGGCGAUGGGCUGGAUGAGGCCGCACGGGAGCGCAUGCAGCAGCGCACUGAUUUUCUGAACCAGGAAAUGACUCGGCUGAUGGAGGAACUGGAGCAGAACACCCUGGAGCACGGUGGUGUGGCCUGGGGAGUCCUGCUGGUCUGGCAGUUCUGGGCUGUGACCGGACUCCUUGUCCUUCUCCUGGCGCUGUGGUUUGGACUCCACAAAAUCAGAUGUGAUCCAGACAACAGUGGCCACAAGGAGAGCUCCAGCAACAACUCGGCGGAGGAGCAAGAAGGAGACAACAUGUUUGCAAAAAGAGAAGUAGGAAAUGACAAUGGAAAUGUGGAAGAGGACAGUAAGGACAGAAAUGAAGAAGGCAGCAAUGCAGAUGUUGAAGAGGAUGAUAAGGACAGAAAUGAAGAAGGCAAUAUUGUGGAUGAAAAGGCAGAAAGCAACGUGGGAAAUGAAGUGAAACAAGGCUCUGACAAUGCAAAGGAAGAAGCAAACAACAAUAAGAAGGAGGAUGAAGUUAACGUUGCUGGAAAUGAAGCAAAAGAAAGUUCUGAUGAUGCAAAGGAAGAAGUAAACAAUGAGAAGGUGGAGGAAGUCAAUGCUGAUGGAAAUGAAGCAAAAGAAAGUUCUGAUGAUGCAAAGGAAGAAGCAAAGAACAGUGAGAAGGUGGAGGAAGUCAAUGUUGAUGGAAAUGAAGCAAAAGAAGUUUCUGAUGAUGCAAAUGAAGAAGUAAACAACAAUGAGAAGGUGGAGGAAGUCAAUGCUGAUGGAAAUGAAGCAAAAGAAGGUUCUGAUGAUGCAAAGGAAAAAAUAAAGAACAAUGAGAAGGUGGAGGAAGUCAAUGUUGAUGGAAAUGAAGCAAAAGAAGGUUCUGAUGAUGCAAAGGAAAAAACAAAGAACAAUGAGAAGGUGGAGGAAGUCAAUGUUGAUGGAAAUGAAGCAAAAGAAGGUUCUGAUGAUGCAAAUGAAGAAGUAAACAACAAUGAGAAGGUGGAGGAAGUCAAUGUUGAUGGAAAUGAAGCAAAAGAAGGUUCUGAUGAUGUCAAUGAAGAAGUAAACAACAAUGAGAAGGUGGAGGAAGUCAAUGUUGAUGGAAAUGAAGCAAAAGAAGGUUCUCAUGAUGCCAACGAAGAAAUAAACAACAAUGAGAAGGUGGAGGAAGUCAAUGUUGAUGGAAAUGAAGCAAAAGAAGGUUCUCAUGAUGCCAAUGAAGAAGUAAACAACAAUGAGAAGGGGGAGGAAGUCAAUAUUGCUAGAAAUGAAGAGGGCAAACACGAUGCAAAGGAAGAAGAUGAUGGCCACAAUGUUCCAAGGAACCCUGGAAGCCUUUUAGAGGAGCGCAUACAGCUGCCUGCUCUGGACCUGGACAAGGGUUGCUCCAUCAUAACAGACCUGAUGGACAAACUCACAGAUAUCUUUGGACAAAGCUGGUCCAACAGCUUCUACCCGGUGCCACAACAAGCCAUCGGAGUGGGCAGCGCUUUUGAAGGCUGGAGUCCCCGCGCACAAGAUCUUGUUUACCAUGUGCUUGUCCCACUGAGUCCCCCUCCGGGACAUGCCUUCCACCUGGAGCUGGACACUGCAGGGGUGCUCCAGAGGAAUGGCUAUGUCCGUGUGGAGCUGCUGUGCACCUGCACAAGGGAGCAGCUGGGGGAGGACAUGCUAUGUUUCCUCCACCACUCUGACGAGGAGUUGAGACGGGACCAGGACCCCAGCCUCCUGGAUACCCUCUGCACUGAUGGCUAUCUAGAUGUGGACAAAACUGUCCAUUGGUUCUAUCAAUUCAUGAAAGAAGCCUGGGUGCUUUCACCUCAAUCACGCCAUUGGCGUUUAAGAUUGCUGCCCUCCAGCCGCUCCUGUAAAUUUCAGCUUCGGAAAGACCAGGAAAGCCUCAUGGUUGAGGUAAUCUUAGGAGUGAGGCAAGGAGAAUCUGAUAUCUUUGUGGGCAGCCAGCCUACUGAAGUAGACAUCCCAAGCACAACAUGGCUAGAGACCUAUGGAGUGGCAGAGGUAAAAUUCUUCAGACACAUUUCCAGGCAGGCCCCUCAUGACAGCUGGCACUGCAAGUGCCUGCAGCUCCUCAGCCGCAUCCUGAGAGAGGCAGGUUUCUCCAGCUAUGCCCUGAAAACAGUGAUGAUGCACCUCCUCAACACCAUACCCCUGACACAGUGGGGCAGGAAGGAUUUCUGGCGGCGCAUGAAGGACACCGUGAUGUACCUCCACUGCUCGCUGGACACAAAGCAGCUGAACCACUUCAUCAUAGGCAACAAGAGGCUUCCCAUGGACAUCAGUUUGCCCUCAGACUUCCGCGUGGCUGAAUCCCCCAACCUCUUCCAGCACAUAGCCAGCAGCCCAGAUGCCCACAAGAAGGCUAUGGAGGAGUACACUCACCUGCUACGGCAGCUCAAACAAAUGCUGUUCUAAGCCUUUGAAAGAGAUCUCCGCGCACAGAGCUGUGCUUUUAGGGCCUCAUUUACUACAUAUAUUAAUACCUUCUAGUUAGUGAAUUUACUAUAUAUAUUAGGACCACCCAGUUAGUGAAUUUGCUACAGAUAUUAGGACCCCCUAGUCAAGGAAUUUACUAUAUAUAUAUGAGGAUCCUCUAGUUAGUAAAUUUACUACAUAUAUUGGGACCCCCUAGUCAAGGAAUUUACUAUAUAUAUAUAUGAGGAUCCUCUAGUUAGUAAAUUUACUAUAUAUAUUGGGACCCCCUAGUCAAGGAAUUUACUAUAUAUAUAUGAGGAUCCUCUAGUUAGUAAAUUUACUAUAUAUAUUGGGACCCCCUAGUCAAGGAAUUUACUAUAUAUAUAUAUGAGGAUCCUCUAGUUAGUAAAUUUACUAUAUAUAUUGGGACCCCCUAGUCAAGGAAUUUACUAUAUAUAUGAGGAUCCUCUAGUUAGUGAACUUACUAUAUAUAUUAGGAUCCUCUAGUUAAGGAAUUUACUAUAUAUAUCUGAGGAUCCUCCAGUCAGUGAAUUUACUAUAUACAUUAGGACCCUCUAGUUAAGGAAUUUACUAUAUAUAUAUGAGGAUCCUCUAGUUAGUGAAUUUACUAUAUGUAACGAGGACCCUCUAGUUAGUGAAUUACUAUAUAUAUUAAUGUGCCCUAGUUAGUGCAUCCUGCAAUCCCAAAUCUUCUUUUGUUACUGUUUCAAUAAACUGAACUAUUCCAUUAUCUGGACUGUGCAAUCUCUUUGUGAACUCAAACAGACCUAGAGUAUUUGUAAAUUCCACUAGGUGUGAAUUUGGGACUGGUUGGGAGUAGGCACUGUUAGCAGCAACCCUCUUUUGCAAAAAUCCCUAAUCCUUGCAUAACACAAAUUGAUGAAAUUCUUCUUACUUAAAAAACCCCACAAACCCAGUAUGUGUGCAUAAGG